UGUGCGGGACGCGGCCCCGGGGAGCGGCGCGCGCCCGCCCGCCCCUGUCCGCGCGGCUCAGUGACGGGGCGCGACCCCGCGAGCGCGGAGGAGGCCGGGACCUGAGCCGGAGCGCGCGCCGCUGCCCAGCCCGGCCGCCCGGCCGCGCAGAUGGCGGCCCCGCGGCUUGCGCCCGCCGGGGGACCCGCGCUCCUGCUGCUGCUCCUGCUGCUGGCCAGCGCGCGAGGCCAGGAGCAGACCACCGACUGGAGGGCCACCCUCAAGACCAUCCGCAACGGCAUCCACAAGAUCGACACGUACCUCAACGCCGCGCUCGACCUGCUGGGCGGCGAGGACGGCCUCUGCCAGUACAAGUGCCGCGACGGAUCGAAGCCUUUCCCACGCUACGGAUAUAAACUGUCCCCACCAAAUGGAUGUGGCUCUCCAUUGUUCGGUGUUCAUCUGAACAUUGGCAUCCCUUCCCUGACAAAGUGCUGCAACCAACACGACAGGUGCUACGAGACCUGUGGUAAAAGCAAGAACGACUGUGACGAGGAGUUCCAGUACUGCCUCUCCAAGAUCUGCCGGGACGUGCAGAAGACUCUAGGGCUCUCUCAGAACGUUCAAGCAUGUGAAACAACGGUGGAGCUCCUAUUUGACAGUGUCAUACAUUUGGGCUGCAAGCCCUACCUGGACAGCCAGCGAGCUGCAUGUUGGUGCCGUUAUGAGGAGAAAACAGAUCUGUAAGGAAGCCUGAAGCCAGCGAGCAGAUGAGAACUGAUGCUUUCACAGCCGAAGCUGCCUUAUUUUUGUGAUGGGUCAUUUUUAGACCUUCCUAGACUGUGUUUUGGUUUUCAGCCUCACAGUGAAAAGGAGUGGGCGUCGGGAAGAAGUAGAAGAGCAUGCUCAGGACCGAGUAAGUAGAGACAGGGGCAUGCUUGCCUUCGUGGGCCUCACCGUCUCAGUGGAUCCCCAAAUCGGGAAGAAACGCUUGAAGACUGUAUGACUUGGUUUUCAUAGCUGUACUUAACAAUAAAAAUGAGAGCAGAUGUAAAAUUCAUUGUAAGAACUUUUCAACAUUAUUUUGAAAUCUAGGACAAUCUUCCCUUAGAAGUAUUAUUUACUGUGAAAUUUCAAAUACACACUUAUGCCGAGAGAAAGUAACUGCUGUUUCUCUAGAACCUUCUGAGAGGAUGUAUCGUGUUGGUCACAGUAACAAGGCCUCCAAGUGUGCAGUUUGUACAGUUGGAGCCACCAGCCGGUAUGUCUCUUCAGGGACAUCCCAGUACAUCUGAGUAUUGUGAUAGGAACAAUAUUCAGAAACACCGCAUUCCUGUUUCACAACCAGUUCUAACAAAUGUCAUCUUUUGCUAUGAAUUCUAGGAAAGAUGGAUUUAAUGGGGCAAAUCAGAAUACUAUAUGCUGUCGGGUUUGAUGUUUGUUCCCUAAUACUUGCUCCUCAUCUUAGAUGCUGGAGUAUUCUUAAAAGACUGACCUUUUACUAGUGGUGGUCUUAAUAAAACUUAUUCUUGAUAA